UCCAAAUUGUUGUGAUCGAUAUCAAUUCGGGGGAGAUUUGACUUUCUGCGGCACAUCGCCAGCGCCAGAGGAUUUGUUUUAUUCUUCCCUCAGUUUUUUUUUAUUAAAUCAUGAAGUUUGUUUUUAUUGUCGGGCUGUGGCUCAAUUGUGGUGGUGCGAGUGAUGUUAGACCGGAAGAGACUCUUCUGAGGGUGAUUACGGAACCUCUGGGAUUUCCUAGUGAUAAAACGUCGCAUGAGUGCUGGAGGGAUGGGGGAUUGUAUGCCGGGGCUUUGCGUAAUUAUACACCCUGGGCGCUGCAGAUGUACGAUGCGUCAGCCAAGAUACCGUCUGGCGUAAUAACCGGUAAUUACAAGCAGCUCGGUAAUUACGACGAGUGCCUGCGGGUCAAGAGCGGUUACGGAUUUGUUGGUAAAGCAUGUAGCGCUAAAGUGCAAUUUACAAUUUCGGAAACAACCGGAAGGGCAAAUACAAUUCCAGACCUCGGUAAUUUAUUGGAGAGUGUGGCCUUGGCAGCUGAUGUGAAAAACUGGAAAUCAGGGACUACUGUUCCGUACGAGUGGCUGUGGUGUGUCCCGUCAUCUUGCGAGAGUCACGAUGUUGAGAGGGCCUUGGAGGUAUCACUGGAGCCACUGGUGUCUGCCAAUCGUGUCAAUUUGACAGUCUUCGUGGAGCCCUGUCACACCCUAGACCUCGAUCGCCCUGCGCUCCUCCUUGCCGAUUGGAUUUACAUAUCACUCCUGUUCCUGUUUGCCAUCAUCGUCUUAGUCAGCACUACUUACGACCUGGUUAAGAGAACUGACACAGAAAAACCGGAUCCAAAAGACACUAAACACUUGCUAUUGACUUCAUUCUCACUUUAUACUAAUGGAUUGAGUCUAUUAAAUACGAGUAAUAAUGGGGAUAUUGUGACUUGUUUGGAUGGCUUGCGAUUCCUGAGCAUUUGCUGGAUCAUUUAUGGUCAUGGGUACUAUCUGCAGGUCGUUGGGGUACAAUUGGAUGUCAGCAAUGUUCCCACUAUGCACGAAGUCUGGACAAAUCUCCUCAUCCUCAACGGAAACCUCGUGACAGACACAUUUUUCCUCCUCGGUGGUAUCCUCCUCACAUACUCGGAGCUCAGACGAAAGGAAAAGCAGCCGCACACGUACAACUUGAACGUCGGAGUUCUCUAUUUCCACCGUUACCUCCGACUGACACCGGCCUACGCUGUUGUAAUCGGAUUCUACGCAACUCUGUUCCAAAAAAUUGGCAGUGGUCCACACUGGAACACAUGGGUGGGGAGCAAUCAGGAGUUCUGCGUGGACAACUGGUGGACCAAUUUACUCUACAUGAAUAAUUACAUCGAUGUCGCCAACAUGUGCAUGUCCCAGUCCUGGUAUCUCGCCGUGGACAUGCAGCUCGUCUGGAUCUCCCCGAUAUUUCUGUAUCCAUUGGUUGUUCUCGGAAUUAAGCAUAUCGCAUCUGUCAUUGUACUGUCAGUGGGCCUCUUCGUCUCCGUUGUUGCACCACUCCUGAUCACUUACUUUGAUCGAUUGACUGGGACGAUGCUGUAUUAUAAAGAGCAGACCGAAGUAGCCAAUGUUUACCUACAGAUUUAUACGAGGGUCUACGCUCGAGCUGGACCUUACAUCAUUGGAUUGAUUCUUGGGUACACGCUUCGGAAAUUUCGUAACGAUUCACCGAAAAUAUCUCGUGCGUACAUUAUCUUCGGCUGGGGAUUCGCUAUAACAGUUGGUUUCGCAGCGAUUUUCGGUCCACGAGGAAUGUACUUCGAUGAUCACAAGUAUGACGGAGUAGAGGCUGCUUUCUACGCGGGAUUUCAUAGAACUGCAUUUGCGGUUGCUGUCGGAUGGAUCGUACUUGCUACAGUGCUUGGAUAUGCGGGUCCCGUUGGAGUAUUUCUGUCCUGGUCGGGAUGGAUGCCGUUCGGAAAACUCACGUACUCUGCAUAUUUAACUCAUUACAUCGUCCUUCUCUACAACAGCGGAAGUGUCAGGACAGCCGGCAGCCUCACCACUUUCGGAACGGUCCACGUCUUCCUCGGUAAUCUGGGCCUCACAAUGUUCCUGUCCGUGAUCCUGUGCCUGUGCUUCGAGUUUCCAUUUACUCGAAUAGUUCGGCUCAUCACACGUUCCAGCGAACGUCGAAGUUUCGUGAAGGGCUCGUUCAAUCCAACAAUCGGAGGAUUUGGCUCUCACGAGUCCACCAAUGAGAUUUAUCGCUCAUGCGAUGACGUAGUGUCGACUGUUUCCCAGAGCUACGACAUCUUCGACCCUUACGCCAAAGGGGCGGUCAUCAGUGUUCGCGAGCCAUCGAAUUCAUGUGAUAGUUUUGAGUCAUCUUCGAAGGACAACCCGAGACAUGAUAGAAAUUCGGGUCGAUGUGACUUUUAUUGAAAUGUAGAAAUUAGGUGAGCGUUACUAAGUUACCAGUGAGAAUAUACAACCUAUCUACCUAUUGAAUCUAAAAUGAUGUUUUUUUUCGCCUUUGCGAGGAUGAAUUUUGAGACUUUUAGACAAUCCCCUCAUUGUAACAUAAGUCAUGACAGUUAUUCGGUUAGAGUUCACGUACACUGAGAGAAAAAUAAACACGUUGUCAAACGAGUCUUGUUUGGGUCAACAAAAUCGCUACUUGAAAAUUGCAAAAAAAGAAUUUGUUUGGU